AGCGCACGAGACAUCGCAUCGAGUGGGUAUCUUGUCUUAUUGUGCAAAAGAGAGCAGCUAGAGCUACACUGGACUGCUUUGACAAAGAUCGACUGAAGCUCUACAAUGCCUGUGGCCUCGACUAAGACAGAGCCUGUGCCCCAGGUCUUGGAUGUGAUGAGUGACAGCACCACCAGCUCCACCACGGCCAAGGACCUGGACCUCAUUUAUCUCAAAGGCAUCAUGGAGAGCCCUCUGGAACAAGAGGAGAGCCUGAAAGAGCCACGGCCGUCACCAGUGAGGGAGAACAACGUUGAGCUCCUGCAGGAAAUCCUGAGAGACCUCAACCCCUUCACAACCCGCUCUGACACUGCAGCUGAAUUAGCGCUCAUACUCACACAGCCUCACUUUCAGUCUCUACUUGAGACUCAUGAUUCAGUAGCAUCCCAGGCAUGUGAUAGCCCACCCCCCAGCCCAUGUGACUGUGUGGAUCAUGAGCAGGAGGACGGCCACAAACACAACCUGCACCCACCACCUGACGCAGUACGCAUGGUGGGCAUACGCAAAGUAGCGGGGGAGCAUCUGGGUGUGACAUUUAAGGUGGAGGCUGGUGAGCUAAUUAUAGCUCGCAUCCUCCAUGGGGGGAUGAUAGACCAGCAAGGACUACUGCAUGUUGGAGAUAUAAUCAAAGAGGUGAAUGGACGAGAGGUGGGGCAGGACCCUAGGGUGCUGCAGGAGGAGCUGCAGGCAGCCAGUGGAAGUGUGGUACUGAAGAUACUACCCAGCUACCAUGAAGCAAUACCACCAAGACAGGUGUUCUUUAAGUGUCACUAUGACUAUGACCCAGGUAAUGACAACCUGAUUCCCUGUAAGGAGGCGGCCUUAAGGUUUGAGACAGGAGACAUUCUGCAGAUAGUCAACCAAGAUGAUGUCAACUGGUGGCAGGCCCGUCAUGUAGAGGGUGGUAGCACGGGGCUGAUUCCCAGUCAGAUGCUGGAGGAGAAGAGGAAAGCAUUUGUCAAGACAAAUGUUGAGCUUGCACCAGCAGGAAAUCUUUGUACUGGUGUUGGAGGGAAGAAAAAGAAGAAAAUGAUGUAUGUGACCACUAAAAAUGCAGAGUUUGACAGACAUGAAAUAUUGCUCUAUGAGGAGGUGGCCAAGGUCCCACCUUUUAAGAGGAAAACCCUCAUUUUGAUUGGUGCCCAAGGUGUUGGGCGGCGGAGACUAAAGAACAAGCUUCUACUAAGGGAUCCUUUACUCUUUGGCACCACCAUUCCAUACACUUCUAGAAAGCCCAAAAAGGGAGAUCAAGAGAGUCGGAUGUAUGCUUUUACCAGUCGGAGCAAGAUGGAGGCUGAUAUCAAGAACGGAUGCUAUCUUGAACAUGGAGAGUAUGACGGCAGCCUCUAUGGAAUCAAGAUUGACUCCAUACAUGAAGUCGUGGAGGCAGGACGUGUCUGCAUUCUAGAUGCAAACCCUCAGUCUCUCAAAGUGCUGAGGACCUCAGAGUUCCUGCCCUAUGUGGUGUUCCUUCAGUCUCCUGACUUCGAGGUGCUCAAGGCCAUGAACCAGUCGGCUGCAGAGGCAGGAGUGGUUACCAAGACCUUGACGGAUGGGGAGCUGCAGAGGACAUGUGAUGAGAGCACCAAACUCCAGGCAGCCUACGGCCACUACUUUGACCUCAGCAUCAUCAAUGACAACCUGGAUGAGACCUAUCGCACAGUCAAGGCGGCCUUGGAUACGGUUUCGAAAAACCCUCAGUGGGUCCCCGUCACCUGGGUUUUCUAGAGGGCGUCUGUGGAGGGAGGACUAAGGAGGAAAUAAAGGCGAGCGAACAGCACUGAAGAUAUGCUUCUGUGUAAAGUUAAAUAUAGAACUGUGUAAAUAGUGGAUGUUUUUACAACAAUUUCACAAGUUCCUAUCAACACAAAAUCUGAUCUGACCCUUACAAUAGCAGUUUUUAAAAGAGUCAUACAGGGGAGAAUGCUGAACAUUUUACAUUGUGUUAGAUAAAACAUCCAUUAUUUAAACAGGAAUACAUUUGUCUUAGCUUUGAGGACAGGAAACAAAAGGAAUAGUCAAACAUCAACGAGAAAAGAAGUCAGUAGAAGAAUUGAGGAAAAAACUGGCGUGUGUGUGCGUGUGCGUGCGUGCGUGCGCAGUUGUCUAUUUGUGCUUAAUUUUAGAGCAGACGCUUUUGUAUUUCUUAAUUAUCUUUGUGCCAUUACUGAUGAUCAUCAGCAGAUUUUGUCACUGUUUACAUUUCAUGAUCAGAGAGAUCAUCACUGAGUUAACACCUCAUUUGUACGCAGUUAGUGCCAGUAAAUUACGUAACACAAACUUAUCAACUGACCAAAACGUUAUCCUAGAAUGUUGAAAAGAAAUUGACAAAUGCCUAUCACAACUACAAACUAGAUAAAUUAAAGCUGUUUGUUUAAUAGCGUGGCUGCCCAUAAGGUCUUCAAUUUACAAAAGCAUAAAUGAAAAAGGCAAGUUGUUUGUAUAAUUUAUCUUUAAACUAUUAAUUGUGUAACCCAUGCAAUGAUUUAGUUGCUGUGAAGCACAAAAACACACAUUUUCUAUUGUCAAACUACUUUUUUAAAUAAGAUUUCAAUCUUUUUAUUACUAGGUGCCAACAAUGAAAGUAAACUCCACUGUCAAUCUGUGCUCUCUUUUGUAAGCAUAUAUUUAAUGUAGUUGCACACUAGUGUGCAUGAUGUGUUGUUUCAAUAUUGACAGUGAGAAGUGUGCAUGUGUAACUGUCUCAUUGCAGGACAUGUGAUGUCGCACAUAUUAACCAAAACCCCUCACACUGCUACUUUUUGGCUGCUUGAUACAAAAAUGAAGGUUCUCCUUCUCCAUAACUAAUCCAGGUUAAAUCUUUAUUGUGUAAUGAGAAGAAACCCUUUACCAGAGUACAGGGAGAACUGACUGCCAUGCAUGGAUUCCAAUACCCAUGAACAUACAUGUAAAUUUACUAUCACUGACAAUAUCACCCGCAUUCCUAAAGCAGACCCACAGUUACACAAGGUGGCAAUAAAUACAUGUUGGCUAUUCCCCUUAUCAGCAGCACCUCGAGGCUACAUAUGCAGACUUUUAACAGGACAUGCUGUGGCAUGCAUCCUUACAGUGGCUAAACAUGUAGCGCACAUACGUUUUAUUUGAUGUGUAAUGUGUGAGUCAAUGUCAGUACAGUUCA